GACGUCAGCGGACGUCGUGCGGGGAUUGGAAUGCUACAAUGUAACAGUCGCAACUGGACGCUUCAGAUUAAAGUGCUGCUGGAAUGUAACGUUGUAUCAUCGGCGUCUCGAAUGUAACCGGGAAUAGAAAACCGGUUUGUAAUGUUUUUACGAGAGGUUCCAAAACAGCAACUGCACGCUUACAAAGACAACCAACCUUUGGAGGAUUUUUCAGAGAGAAAUAUGUGAGAAUACACGGAUUUGUGGGGAUUUAUCCGCUCGGGAAGUUUGUGACAGGGUCUUUCUGACUCACACGCACCUCAUGAGAUCCAUUACCGGGAUAUCUCUCUGGCUGCUCCUGCUGUUUGUGAUUUCUCCAGGCUGGUUUAUAAGAACUCUUCUCUGAAAGUACUUUCUGAUGGUUUUCAUUGAUCCAGAACAGUCCCGAUGGCCAGCAGGGUUCAGGUGUCAUCUGUCAGGAGUUUAGAUGCUGUCUAAUGUGAACCAGAGAGGAGAGAGGUAGAUCCAUAAAAGGGGGUUAAGGUUAAAUCGCCCACAUGCUCUGGAUUUGGGAUUGGAAUCACAAGGUGGAAGUUGAGAGCAUCACAUCCCUGCAGGUCUGUGGAAGAUGCUGUCCAGCAGGAGUUGAGACCUUUGGAUUCAUCAGCAACCAGCUCCAUCUGGAUCUAAGGACACAUGCAGGCCAAAAAACGCUAUUUAAUUCUGUUCUCUGCAGGUGUGAGCCUCAUUCUCCUCUUUUACCUUCAGGAACCAGCUUCCAGAGGGACUCCAAACCGAGGGGAUGACCCCCAUCCACACUGGCCCCACUUCUCAGACCCCUUACGUGCUUUUAUUCCGUGGGAUCAGACCGAAACGGAGGACUACAAUGUCCGCGCUUCUCCGAGACACAAAAGAGAUGACAACUCUGGAGCUUACAAGUGCAGAAUGGACUCCUGCUUUGAUUUCUCCUUGUGCGGGAGGAACGGCUUCAAAGUCUACGUCUAUCCUCAACAGAAAGGUGAGAAGAUCUCAGAAAGCUACCAAAACAUCUUGUCCUCCAUCGAGGGCUCCAGAUUCUACACUUCUGACCCGGGACAGGCUUGCCUGUUUGUUUUGAACCUUGACACCCUGGACCGAGACCAGCUGUCUCCUCAGUACGUCCACAACCUCAAAACUAAGAUCCAGAACCUGAAGCUGUGGAAUAACGGGAGGAACCACCUGAUCUUUAACCUGUAUUCGGGCACAUGGCCGGAUUACACAGAGGAUUUGGGGUUUGAUAUCGGACAAGCCAUGUUGGCCAAAGCCAGCAUCAGCACAGAGAACUUCAGACCCAGUUUUGACAUCUCCAUCCCCUUGUUCUCUAAAGAUCACCCCCGGACUGGAGGUGAAAGGGGGUAUUUAAAAUACAACACCAUCCCUCCUUUUAGGAAGUAUGUGCUGGUUUUUAAAGGCAAGCGCUAUCUGACUGGGAUUGGAUCUGAUACCAGGAAUGCGCUUCAUCACAUCCAUAAUGCUGAAGACGUGGUUCUCCUCACCACAUGCAAACAUGGCAAAGACUGGCAGAAGCAUAAAGAUGCUCGUUGCGACGAGGACAAUGCUGAAUAUGACAGGUACAACUAUAAAGAAAUGCUGCAUAACUCCACUUUUUGUCUCGUGCCUCGAGGACGCCGCCUGGGCUCUUUCCGUUUCUUGGAGGCUCUGCAGGCCGCUUGUGUUCCCGUCAUGCUCAGUAAUGGCUGGGAGCUUCCCUUCUCAGAGAUCAUCGACUGGCGCACGGCCUCCAUCAUUGGGGAUGAGAGACUUCUUCUGCAGAUUCCAUCGACGGUUCGCUCCAUCCAUCAAGACCGCAUUCUGUCUCUCCGCCAGCAGACGCAGUUCUUGUGGGAAGCGUAUUUCUCUUCUGUGGAGAAAAUUGUGCUCACUACAUUGGAGAUCAUCCAGGACCGUGUGUUGCAACAUAAUGCUCACAGCACUCUGAUGUGGAAUCGGUUGCCCGGAGGACUUUUCACUUUGCCCCAAUACUCAUCCUACCUAGGCGACUUCCCUUUCUUCUAUGCUGUACUCGGUGUUAAACCACAGCAGAAGUUCACAGCCGUCAUUCACGAGGUCACGCCUCUUGUAUCUCAGUCUCAACCGAUUUUCAAUUUGCUAGUGGCUGUGGCCAAAUCACAGUACUGUGCCCAGAUCAUCGUCCUGUGGAACUGUGACAAGCCUCUCCCUGCGAAGCACCGCUGGCCCGCCACCUCUGUUCCAGUCGUCGUAAUCGAGGGCGAGAGCAAGGUGAUGAGCAGCCGAUUUCUGCCCUAUGAAAACAUCAAAACAGAUGCAGUCUUGAGUCUGGAUGAAGACACUGUGCUCUCGACUACAGAGGUGGAUUUUGCCUUUACAGUUUGGCAGAGUUUCCCAGAGAGGAUUGUGGGAUACCCCGCACGGAGCCAUUUUUGGGACCCUAACAAGGAGCGCUGGGGCUACACCUCCAAGUGGACCAAUGACUACUCCAUGGUGCUGACUGGAGCUGCUUUCUACCACAGGUAUUAUAACUACUUGUAUACACACUACCUGCCCAGCAGCUUAAAGAGUAUGGUUGACCAGCUCUCAAACUGUGAAGACAUCCUCAUGAACUUCCUGGUGUCUGCUGUCACUAAGAUGCCUCCUAUCAAGGUCACCCAAAAGAAGCAGUACAAGGAGACGAUGAUGGGACAGACGUCCCGGGCAUCACGUUGGGCAGAUCCUGACCACUUUGCCCAGCGGCAGACGUGCAUGAACAAAUUUGCCAGCUGGUUUGGCACCAUGUCCCUGGUCCAUUCGCAGAUGAGACUGGAUCCCGUUCUGUUCAAGGACCAGGUAUCGAUACUGCGCAAAAAGUACAGAGACAUCGAGAGACUCUGACGAAGCUUAGAAACCCUUUCCCUCUGAACGGGGAUAGGAAACGGCAUCCGAAAAAAACCCAGAUCAACAGGGAUAAAAACGGGGGCACGGAAACCCUCAGGGAGGGAGCGCAUCAAGAUUGGGGGAAGGUGUUGUGCUCGAUGAAGAUCCAUCUGUUAGAGGUUGCCACUAUUGAUAUAUGAAAGCAAGAGGUUUGAUUCCAGACCACAUUGACAUUUUUUGGCUGAGUAUAGCACAACACAAAGACGCGCCAAUAUUGGCAGCUUUCUGUCUUCCACACCCCCUCUUAUAAUGCUUUGCCAAUGACAACGGUGACCAUGGCAACUUUGCCAAAGCCAGGCAGCCACACUCACAUCCACAUGCAGUCAGAAUAUAGACUACCGCGUGUCGGUUUAACCUCUGGAUCAGACCUCUCCAUGUUAGAUGUGCAAUACGCCUGGCUGGAAGGGUCGCCCGCGGUCCAGCCAUGCAUGUUUAUUCAGUUCGCCUUCGACAAGCGUUACGCCCCUCUUGAAGAAGUAGGAUGACGUCCUGUGGAGAAGUCGAGCGUGCAAAACACCGUGCACAACAUCACAGUGCCUGAGCUUUCAGAUGGACCAUAUCUGGGAGCCCAAAGGGGUUUUGUAUGAAUGCAAAUACACCUUGUUCAUGCUGCUUAUAUUUGGAUUCAAAUGUAGGUGUUCCACAAAUUGGCCCAAAGUUUUUUUUCCCCCUUUUAUUUCUAUAAAAGCCUUUUGGUGUGUUUUGUCAAACUGACAUAAUUGUAGUAUUUUUUGAUGAUUUAGACCCAAUUCCACAAACAUCUCGUUCUCUGUCUGGUUUUCUUGCGAGUCUUACAAGUGUAAUGCCAUAUCAGAGGCCACAUUCACACUGCAGCUAAUUCAGAUGUCACUCCACUUCUGACUGCUUCAUCUGCUUCAAAUGACAACCACUUUUACAAUUCAAAUUAAUAAUAUAACUACUUGUUAAUGCAGCGAUGCCACUUUUCUAAUGACAAGCGUGGAGGGGCUUAAAACACCAAAUCUGUUUACGGUGGUUUGAAAUAAAAAAAAAAAUUCAGAAUGUUCAUACCCAUUCUAAUCUCCACUCACUGUUUCUUUCUUUAAAACAGCAAACAUUUCAAAUAGAUGUUGCAAUCCAUUUCUGUUUUUUUGUCAGCCAGAGUUUAUGUGGCUAUUAUGUAGGUUUUCCACAAAUUGGCCCAAAGUUUAUUGUUUUUUCUUUAUUUCUAUACAAGCCUUUUAAUGUAUUUUGUCAAACUGACAUAAUUGUAGUAUUUUUUUGAUGAUUUAGACCCAAUGCUACAAACGUCUGGUUUUCUUGCGAGUCUUAGAAGUGUAAUGCCAUAUCAGAGGCCACGUUCACACUGCAGCUAAUUCAGAUGUCACUCCACUUCUUCUCUCUUUGUUUUUGAAAGUGACAAAUUUUUACAUCAUAUAAUGACAACCACUUUUACAAAUCAGUCUAAUAAUAACACGUUUUUUUAUGCAGUGACGUCACUUGCUAAUGACCAAACAUUUUAAAUCGAUAUUGCAAUCAUUUCUCAUUUGUUGUCAGUCAUGAAUAGUCAGUCAGAGUGUGCAUGAGACUACUAUGUUGGUUUUUGAUUUUUCUUUCUUUUUAUACAAAUUGACAAACUGACAUCAUUUUAGUAUUUUUUUUUUAUGUUUUAGAACCAAUGCCACAAACAUUUACUGUCUGGUUUUCUUACGAGUGUAAUGUCAUGCGAGACCACGUUCACACUGCAGCUAAUUCAGUUGUCACUCCACUUCUGACUGCUUCAUCGUGGUCUUAAUGUGUUUAUUUGGAAGUGACAAAUGUGUUUUACAUCUGGAAAGAUUAGAUAGUGACAACCACUUUUACAAAUCAGUCUAAUAAUAACAAAUAGUUCAUGCAGACGUCACUUGUCUAAUGACAAACAUGGAGGGACUAAAAACAGGUGGUUUGCUAAAAUUUUUAAAUGUUAACAUCAUUGUUCGCUAAUAAUUCUUUCGUUAAAUGGAUGUUCCAAUCCAUCCAUUUAAAUCUAUUUAUAUUUUUUAUAUUUUCUCUAAAGGUUCAACUUCAACAAUGUUCCAUUUCAGAAAACCACAUCCAAUAAUCCCUAUGUUGCUUCAGUGUGUACGUGGCUAGUAUGUAUUUCUAGAAUCACUCGCUCUAAGCACACAGGAUAUAAGAGAUAUUUAACACUAGUUUUGCGUUUACUCUCGCAAAUCAAGGAAAGGUCUGAAAAUGCUUGAUUACGAGAGGACGUCAUUCAUUCAGCGCUUCAGGUCGAGUUUUGAGAAUGUCUUCUAUUGAUUUUCUGUUAAGAAAGAACUAUUAACUCAUGAUCACUCCUGUUUUUCUCAGAUUGGGAUGGAUAGAGCUGGCUGUCUCAGUGGAGACGGAUUCAAAAGUACUUUUGAUCAAAAUCCAUACACUUUAACAUGGUCUUAAGUCAGGGUAGAUGCCAUAUUUAAUGUUGCAGGAAUGAAAACUCGGCUUUUUAGGGACGGACCUACAGUUUGUUCAGUGGGCUGCACUGUUGUCAAUAAAAAUAUGUAUUUGCAAAAAAAAAAA